AAAAAAUUAUUCGAAUACAGCGACACCGGUAUCUAUGAGGUUUAAGUUUUAACACCAAUGUUUGGAUAAACUUGUUUUAUCGAAGGACUGUUGAUUUUAUAAAGUUAUUUUGUCUGUAUAAAUGCGUAUAAGAGUGUGAGCUAAUCUUUCAAGGGAAUAAGCAUGUCACAGCAGAAGACUUUGUCACAAAAUAAAGAAGCUCUUUUAAAAUCUUACAAUAAGCGAAUGAAAGAUGACAUUAAAUCCAUGGUUGAUAAUUUCAUUGAGAUCAUAAAGCUUGCCAGGGUUCCUCAAGAUGAAGAUAGUCAAGUGUUGCGCCCAUUACAGAAUAAUCAGGACCAGUAUGAGAUGCAUGUGAGAGCAUGUAAUGUUGUUCGAGCUGGAGAGUGUCUGAUGAAACUUAUCUCAGACAUUAAGCAGUAUCUUGUUCUCAAUGAUUUUCCAUCCAUCAAUGAAGCAAUUAGCCAGAAUACCCGAUUUGACAAAAAUAUGCAAAAUGAGUGUGACAGUAGACUUUGUUUGUUAAGGGAUGAUGUGGCUUCUGAACUGUAUGAACUUGAAGAAGAAUAUUACUCAUCUGCAUAUAAAUAGUUCAGUUACAUCCA